AUUUAUAUAUCUCCAUGCCAAGACGAAGAGGAAGACCUCGCAAAACAACUGAAAUUGUUAAGGAUGCUAAUGAAGAACAACAUCAAGUGGAAAUGGAAGAUGAUAUAUUCAAGCAAGAAGCUGAACGUCAAAGUGCUGCUAUCAGGGCUAUUCGUGAUGUGGAGAUUGAACACUUAAAAGAUAUGUUGCGAUUGCUGAGAUCAAAUUUUAGUAAUGAACAGCAGCAAGUUCCAGUAAUGCAAUUUUUUGAGGAAAAGUUUCCACACCUGGCUAUUGUAAGAAAUGAGAAAAAUGGCCAGUAUGAAGUGCAAAGGAAAGACAAUGCUGUUAAUUUAAGCAUCGACCAAUUUGAUGGAAGGAAUUUACAUGCUUCUCUUCUUCAUAACCUGUCCAUGGUGUACCCCGAUUGCUCCAGUGCCAUGCCAUCACUUGGUGGAUUUGAAUUCUCAAAUAAAUCUGUUAAAACAACAUGCUAUGGUGUCGAAAACCUCCAGAUCAAGGGAUUUGUCUUGGAAGAGCCAUCUGACUCCCAAAUGCUUGAUCUGCCAGAUACUCUUCAGACACCUGGUGCAUAUAAUAACAGAUUAUCUGUUGGGAUGACUCCCAAAACUUUAAGGCUGCCUAAACCUGGGGAAAUGCUUCUAUCUGUCCACGGCUCUCCUCUCGGUGUUUACAAGGAAGACAAUAUGGAAGCAAUACAUGAGUCUGGAGAGUGAAGAUGGAUGAAUUGACUCAAAAGUAAUUUGUUAGCGGAGGGGUAGAAGAUGCAUUUCAUCUGAUGUAAUAAUGUUUGAAACUCGUCAUCAAGACUAACCCGUACUCUAAUUAUGUUGAGAGUUCAUAGAGCCCUUUGUCUGCCUCCUUUUGGCUUGUUCCAGCCUUUUUCUUUAUUUCCUUCCCUCUUAUCUUUGUUAUGCUACGGGUGGGGGGCUUCUGACUAUUUUCUGUAGGUUAUGAAGCUGGAAAAGUGAUUCUCUUUGUAAAUAAUUUGUAAGAGUGACAAGGUUUUUGGUGAUUAGAGAUGGUCAAGUUCUUAA